GCGCAGUGCCGAGCCACAGCCCGCGGUACCUGUCCUGUGCCCCGUGUGGUUCACUUGGGGCGUCACCACACAUUCAAGUGACGUUUAAAAUUUUGGUGUGUUUGAGUGGUUUAUCGGUGCGUGAUGUUGGGAAUGUGAGUGGAAGGACAAAGAGACUUUGCAAAUUGAGUAAUUCAGUAUUGAAAUCGAAGAAUGUGACGCCCAAACUGAACAACCAACGCUUGAUGGAAGAAGAAAGGAUUGCUGGGUUAUCUGUUUGAACAUUUAAAAAGGAAAUCGCUACACGUUGGCGGCUUAGAGUUCGGAGAUCGGAGGUUGGAACAUCACUUUGUUAAUAUGGAUUUCACCGGCUUCAAGUAUCGGCGGAGGUAGUCGAGGUGGAGGAGCAUGAGUUUGCCUCCGAUGCCGAGCCUGAGGCGACGGAGACGCUCAAGCUGACCGCCCGAACCCGAUUCGCGCACAGCCUUCAAGGUUUGCAUCGCAAAUCACGUGAUGAAACGAAGAAAGAAAUACAAGAGGACGAUGAAGCCACUCUUAGAGAACUGCUUAUUAGGUGGAAGAUGGUCACAGUCCAGGCGUCGCAGUCGUGUACCUCGUGUAUGCAAUUAGGAAGAACCGAAAAGGCGCUUAGGAAGGUAACGGGAUACCUGGGAAAGUGUCCACUGUAGUUUGGAACACAGCCAUGGUAUCCUUGCCUCCCAGUUUACAAAAACAGGUGAGCGUGAUGAGUAUGAAUCUAAGCGCUAAAUUAGACGAGCUGCAACGCGGCGACAGACAUUUAGAGACGACGGUGGCGCUAUGCGAAAUCCGUUCACAACUUCAAGAACUAACAAAGUCCGUCGAGUCGUGUCAAUCGGAGGUGUCCGAGGUUAAGCGGGACAUGGUGGCGAUCAAGCAAGAACUGGACACCGUACAGCAGGUGAAGGAAGAAAUAGAGGAGCUGAGAGAGUACGUCGAUCGGCUCGAGGAGCACUCGCACCGCAGAAAAUUGCGACUUCUUGAGCAGGGCCUGACGUUCUUCCUCAGCUACUCGAUCUUCUCGGCGGUUUUGGGCAUGCUGCAAUUCGGGUACAACACGGGGGUGAUCAACGCGCCGGAAACCAACAUCGAGUACUUCAUGAAGGACGUCUAUAAAAGUCGGUACGGCGAAGAUCUGCAGGAGGAGGCCGUUCAGCGGCUGUACUCGCUCGCCGUGUCCAUUUUCGCGAUCGGCGGCAUGCUGGGCGGCUUCAUCGGCGGAAUGGUGGCGAAUCGCUUCGGAAGGAAGGGCGGGCUGCUUCUCAAUAAUAUAUUAGGAAUAGGCGGGGGGUGCUUAAUGGGGUGUACCAAAAUAUCAAAUUCUUACGAGAUGCUCUUCUUUGGGAGGUUCAUCAUCGGGGUCAAUUGCGGUUUAAAUACGUCGUUAGUACCUAUGUAUAUAUCAGAAAUUGCGCCUUUAAACCUACGUGGUGGUUUGGGUACAGUAAAUCAAUUAGCCGUAACCGUAGGACUUUUACUAUCUCAAGUGCUGGGCAUUGAGCAAAUACUGGGGACAAACGAUGGCUGGCCCCUGCUUGUGGGCCUGGCCGUUUGUCCCGCCUUAUUACAACUCGUACUACUGCCAGUUUGUCCCGAAAGUCCUAGAUAUUUGCUCAUUACCAAGCAGUGGGAGGAGGAAGCUCGCAGAGCUUUAAGAAGACUGAGGGCCAGCAAUCAGGUCGAGGAGGACAUAGAGGAAAUGAGGGCCGAGGAACGCGCCCAACAGGCCGAAUCGUCGAUAAGUAUGAUGGAGCUCAUCUGUUCGCCGACGCUACGAUCGCCGCUCAUCAUUGGCGUCGUGAUGCAGCUCUCCCAACAGCUGUCCGGUAUAAAUGCUGUCUUCUACUAUUCGACAAGUUUAUUCACGAGUUCGGGCCUAUCGGACGAAAGUGCAAAGUUUGCGACGAUUGGCAUAGGAGCGAUAAUGGUUGGAAUGACUCUAGUCUCAAUACCACUGAUGGAUCGUACCGGAAGAAGAACGCUGCAUUUGUACGGGCUGGGCGGAAUGUUCAUAUUUUCGAUAUUCAUUACCAUCUCGUUUUUAAUAAAGGAGUUUUUUGGCUACGUGCAGGAAAUGAUCGAUUGGAUGUCCUACCUGUCGGUCGUCUCGACGUUAAGUUUCGUCGUAUUCUUCGCAGUCGGACCCGGCUCGAUUCCGUGGAUGAUCACCGCCGAGCUGUUCUCGCAGGGACCGCGUCCGGCGGCGAUGUCCAUCGCCGUUCUCGUGAACUGGAUGGCCAACUUCCUUGUCGGCAUUGGAUUUCCAAGUAUGAAGAGCACGUUGGAAAAUUACACGUUUCUUCCGUUCAGCGUGUUUCUCGCCAUUUUCUGGAUAUUUACUUAUAAGAAGGUGCCGGAGACGAAGAAUAAAACGUUCGAGGAGAUUUUGGCGCUUUUCCGGCACGGAAAUGGGAGGACUAGCUUACGAGACAGCAGGCUGUACGGGAGUAUGCUAAAUUGUGUAAACGCUCUCGAACAUCUUCCUGGCACCGAACAAACUGCCGGGGAGGAAAAACCUCAGCACGAUUCAUUUUCCAAUCCAUUUGAGCAACAAUUAUUCAGAAGCGCGUACGGUUACUGCUCUCGAAGCCAUCACUCUUUUACAACCGUACCAGCAACAUGGAAAGUAAAUACUGUUGUGAGCCAAUCAGCUGGUUCCGAUCACUCGUCACAUCAUCGAAGAGAAACGGGAGACCGACCGCCGCCACCACUGCCACCACCUCGUUUCCCGAACAAUGCCGUUUGACAAUGGGAAAACUUUAACAUCGCAAUACUGACUUUGUUACCGUUACCUACACCGCUACUAGCGCUAGAAGAACAAUUGGUGGUACUGAUAUCGCAAAGGGGCAAAGCGUGCGCCAGUUACUUGCGACAGAGCCUGAAACGCCCGCGACGGAAUUGAUUCACAUCUCUCUUUCUCUAGUGACAAAAAAAAAACAAUUCUUCCAAGGUUUUGUAUGGCCUUAAAUCUGCUCAUUAAGUUUCCCGCCUAACAAGUAGGUUAAGCUGGCUUAGUUUAUAGUGCCAACCACUUUUCGCUGAGGUGGCCCGAAGAUUUGUUGCCUACUGAACUUAUUUCAAGUGCGAAACUUUGUUUUUGACACUGAAAAUGGAAAUGAACACAAUUCGAUAACUUACACCUCUACCUUUGAGCUAACGUGUUUCCUCUUGCAUCUCAUAUUUACGUUUUUUGAUGAUUGAAGUGUGCUUAUUGAAUGACUUGAUACCAUUUUUCAUCUUGGCAUGCACCUACAAGUUUCUGUCUGGCUAUAGGUAGAAUUCGUUGUAGAAUGUUUAUUGUUUAUGUGUUAUAUGUUUAGUAUUACUAUUAACUAGUUUUAUGCUUUAUUAAGACGGACCGUGCGGCGUGUAUCCAUGCCGCACGGUUCAAAUAUAUACACAGAUGUGCGUUUAAUAUUGUUAUCAAAUAUAUAUUUGACGUUACCUACAGUUACUGACCAGACAAAAGGCAUAGCCAGAAAUAUAUUCUAAAUUUUUAUAUUCAUUUAAUAGGAAUAAAUUGUAGGUGUACAUAGCAUCUUAUAAUAUACAUAAGUAGACUCAAUUAGACAUUGUAAUGGGUGUUCAUUUAUCUGUGUCACCGUAUAAUUCCUUUUGCAUUAGUGUCCUUUGCAAUUGUGCAAAACGAUACACGUUUCUGUGUCUGUCUUAUAUGUAAAUAACGAUUUAUAGUUAAUAUUCACUGCCAUUUCCGGUUAUCGUACAGACAGACAUGGACUGUAUUUUUUAAAUUGUAGACGUGUACGCAAAUUACAACAUCCACUUGCCAUUGUAGACGCGAAGUGUCUGAGAGAGCAUAUGGCAUGUGGACAAACAAAUUUGUGUU